CCAUAGCCUGCCUGUCUGCAUGGUCCCCCUAGAGGUUUGAGCAGCGGGGUACGGAGGAAGCGAGCCACACCCCCAUCGCAUGCCCUGUGAAGGGGAUAAGGGAACUUUUUCCCUUCACCACUAUGCCUGACUAAUUUUUUAAUUAAAAAAAUUUUUUUUUGUAGAAACAGAGUUUCACCAUGUUGCUUAGGCUGGUCUCAAACUCCUGGCCUCAAGUGAUCCUCCCUCCUCGGCCUCCCAAAGUGCUGGGAUUACAGGCACCGAGAAGAGCUCGGAAAAGAGCAGAAGGCACCGCCAGCUCCAACGUCUUCUCCAUGUUUGAUCAGUCCCAGAUCCAGGAGUUUAAAGAGAGUCUGGCUCUGUCGCCCAGGCUGGAGUGCAAUGGCGUGAUCUCAGCUCACGGCAACCUCCGCCUCACAGGUUCAAGCAAUUCUCCUGCCUCAGCCUCUCAAGCUUUCACCAUCAUGGACCAGAACCGCGAUGGCUUCAUCGACAAAGAGGACUUGAGGGACACCUUUGCCGCGCUGGGCCGCAUCAAUGUCAAGAACGAGGAACUGGAGGCCAUGGUGAAGGAGGCCCCCGGACCCAUCAACUUCACGGUGUUCCUGACCAUGUUUGGGGAGAAGCUGAAGGGCACGGACCCAGAGGAGACCAUUCUUCACGCCUUCAAAGUGUUCGACACUGAAGGGAAAGGUUUCGUCAAGGCCGAUGUCAUCAAAGAAAAACUUAUGACCCAGGCAGACCGCUUCAGUGAGGAGGAGGUCAAGCAGAUGUUUGCAGCGUUUCCCCCAGAUGUGUACGGCAACCUGGACUACAGAAACCUGUGCUACGUCAUCACUCAUGGUGAAGAGAAGGAUUAGGGGAUGACAAGUCUCCCCGACAUUCAGGGGCAGCAAACACUGUUGUGGGGGUGACAGGGAGCUCUUGCAGCCAGAUGGCGCAGGAAAAAGGCUUCCCUUGUCCUAUGGUUGGGGACAAAGCAAGAAUAAAUAAUGCUAACAAGG